AUGAAAGAUAGUCUAGGAACGAUCUCCGCUGUGGUAACGAUGGUGACUUCAAUGAUGGGCACAGGAAUCAAUUUCAUGCCGGUUGCAUUCCAAAAUGUGGGAUAUGUCAGGGGUAUUAUUUUGAUUAACUUUGUGGGGUUUCUGACAUUUUUUUCACUGUUUGCAAUUUCAGUAGCAGCACGCAUGUCUAAGGACAGUGUGCCGACAUACUCGUCUCUUGCAUCGCACAUAUCGAAGUAUUUGAAAAUUCUGGUGGAUGUUUCUACGUUUGUCAGCUGCUUUGGAUCAAACAUAUUUUUCUACAGAUACCUUGCAGGACUUAUACAAAAGGUGAUUGUGUCUUUCUUUGGAUAUGCAGAUAUUAGUUCUGAGAUGGGAAGGAAGGCGAUCGUUAUAGCGAUGCUUGUUCCUUUCUGUUUAUUGUCUCUGAAGAAGAACUUGUCAAGUCUUAAGAUUUCAUCGUACAUUACAGUUCUCUCUGUGAGCUAUCUUGCACUGCUGAUGGUUGCAUACUGUGUAUUCAUAGGAGACACAUGCUCAGACGAGCUAAUCAAGAUGCAUGGACCUAACUUUUCAAGUGGAAUCUCAUACUUCAUUCUAGCACUGUCAUGCCAGGCAAACAUGGUGAAGACAUACACUGAGCUGGAGGUGCAGACAGUAGGCAGUAUUGUGAAGGUGGCGCUGGGAGCAUCGCUUUUUGGAACACUGAUAUACGGAACAGUUGGCCUGUGUGGAUACAUUGUCUUUGGAGAUUCAAUAAGAGGGUCUGUGAUAGACUUGCUGAUUGAUCCGAGCAGUAACAUCAACAUAUACCUGAAAAAACACACAAUUGACUCAUAUGCAAUAUCAUCAAAGAUUGCAUGCUUUGGGGCAAUAAUGGUUUUGUUUGGAGCGUUUCCUAUGCAAAUGAACCCGAUGUGCGAGAUCAUACUGAGCUACAUGGCAAAGGAUAGCAGAAACGUAGAUAUGCUUUGGAAGAGGGUGAUCUAUGUAGUUAUGGCCGCCUUUCUUUUGCUUGCGCUGAUGAAGGAUCUCAAUAUUGACACCAUAUUGCAGUUUGUGUCAAUAACUGCGAUCAACUUAACAUCUUUUACGUAUCCUUCAAUAUAUUACUUGUUUGCCAAGAAAAAUGUAAGUAUAACAACGAUUCUGGCAGGAGUCAUGGGAAUAGGCAGCAUUGUUUCCAUGGUGUACAUGACACUUGACAUACUGUAA